GGCUGGGGGUGGGGGGGGAGGAAGGAGUACGAGUAGGCGGUAGGGUGUGAGUGUGUGUAUGUGUAUGUGAGGGAGUCAUCCGCGAGGAGUCGCGGAGGAGCUUGGAGGAGGGGACGUGCAGCGACUCCUUGCCGAGAUCGAGGACUGAAGAAGGGAGAGAGUGCAUCGGUGGCCACCGCCUCCCCCAUCCACACCCCACCCCAUAUCGGCCCCCUCCCCUCGCCCACGGCGCGCGCUCCGUCGCUCGCUCACACACCCCGGGCGCGGCGGCGCGAGGAGGAGGAAGAGAAGGAGGGGGGGGGAGCGGCGUCUUUGCCCCCGCCUCCUGCCGUGACCGCCGCCCCCCCCCCCUUCACCCACUGCAAGAGUCCUUCAUGGUCCUUCCCCGGCCCCCCCGCUAGCCCGAGGAGCCGCCGUCGCCGGGCAGUGGAGAAAGCGGGGCGGGCGGGCUGGGAGGCGCCGCCGCCCGCGGACGCUGCAGGGGAAGGUGCGGCUGGGCAGAGGCGGACGAGCGGGAGGAGGAGGAGGAGGAGGAGGAUAGGGGCUGCCGCGGCGGUCGGUCCGGGGAGACCGGAAGGAGGCGGCGGCCCCGCGGCCCGGGCUCUGCCGCUGCUGCCGCUCCGGCUGCCAGAGGAUUCUUCCUGGUGAUCCCCCGGCCGGGAGACGAAGAAGAGGAAGGCGGAAGAGUCUUGCUGCAAUUUCACUAAGAAUCCUCCUUUGCCUUCGUCGCCGCAGGUUCUGGAUUUAAUAUUGUGCCUGAGCGAACAUUCCUGGUUCGAGAGGGUGAAGAAGGGAGCCCCUUAGAGGGUGGUGUUUAAAAAGAAAAAAUCCCAACAACAACAAAAAACAAAAGCAAAAAAACAUUUUUGGUGGUAGUGUGACUCUUUUUUUUUCACUCCCGCCCUCCGUUUGCUUCCCCUCCGGACCAUGGCCGACGACGACGUGCUGUUUGAAGAUGUGUAUGAGCUGUGCGAGGUGAUCGGCAAGGGCCCCUUCAGUGUUGUACGGCGAUGUAUCAACAGAGAAACUGGGCAACAAUUUGCAGUAAAAAUUGUUGAUGUAGCCAAGUUCACAUCAAGUCCAGGGCUAAGUACAGAAGAUCUGAAACGGGAAGCCAGUAUCUGUCAUAUGCUGAAGCAUCCACAUAUUGUGGAACUGUUGGAGACAUAUAGCUCAGAUGGAAUGCUUUAUAUGGUUUUUGAAUUUAUGGAUGGAGCUGAUCUGUGUUUUGAAAUUGUAAAACGAGCAGAUGCUGGUUUUGUAUACAGUGAAGCUGUAGCCAGUCAUUACAUGAGACAGAUACUGGAAGCACUACGCUACUGUCAUGAUAAUAACAUAAUUCACAGGGAUGUGAAGCCCCAUUGUGUCCUCCUUGCCUCAAAAGAAAAUUCAGCACCUGUUAAACUUGGGGGCUUUGGAGUAGCUAUUCAGUUAGGGGAGUCUGGACUUGUUGCUGGAGGACGUGUAGGAACACCUCAUUUUAUGGCCCCGGAGGUGGUAAAAAGAGAGCCCUAUGGGAAACCUGUAGAUGUCUGGGGUUGUGGGGUGAUCCUUUUUAUUCUGCUGAGUGGUUGUUUGCCUUUUUACGGAACCAAGGAAAGAUUGUUUGAAGGCAUUAUUAAAGGAAAAUAUAAGAUGAAUCCCAGACAGUGGAGCCAUAUCUCUGAAAGUGCCAAAGACCUGGUCCGACGAAUGUUGAUGCUGGAUCCAGCUGAAAGAAUAACAGUUUACGAGGCACUUAAUCAUCCUUGGCUUAAGGAAAGAGAUCGCUAUGCAUACAAGAUUCAUCUUCCUGAAACUGUAGAGCAACUACGGAAAUUUAAUGCAAGGAGGAAACUAAAGGGUGCAGUACUAGCAGCUGUAUCAAGCCACAAAUUCAACUCAUUCUAUGGGGAUCCCCCUGAAGAGUUGCCAGAUUUCUCUGAAGAUCCUACCUCCUCAGGACUUCUAGCAGCAGAAAGAGCAGUCUCACAGGUGCUAGACAGCCUGGAGGAAAUUCAUGCACUUACAGACUGCAGUGAAAAGGACUUAGAUUUUCUACACAGUGUUUUCCAGGAUCAGCAUCUCCACACACUCCUAGAUCUAUAUGACAAAAUUAACACAAAGUCUUCACCACAUAUCAGGAAUCCUCCAAGUGAUGCUGUACAGAGAGCCAAAGAGGUAUUGGAAGAAAUUUCAUGUUACCCUGAAAACAGUGAUGCAAAGGAGUUAAAGCGUAUUUUAACACAACCUCAUUUCAUGGCCUUACUUCAAACUCAUGACGUAGUGGCACAUGAAGUUUACAGUGAUGAGGCAUUAAGGGUUACACCUCCUCCCACCUCUCCAUAUUUAAACGGAGAUUCUCCAGAAAGUGCCAAUGGUGACAUGGAUAUGGAGAAUGUUACUCGAGUACGGCUGGUACAAUUCCAGAAGAACACAGAUGAGCCAAUGGGUAUCACUUUGAAAAUGAAUGAGCUAAACCAUUGCAUUGUAGCAAGAAUUAUGCAUGGGGGAAUGAUUCACAGACAAGGUACACUUCAUGUAGGUGAUGAAAUCCGAGAAAUAAAUGGUAUCAGUGUAGCAAAUCAAACAGUGGAACAACUGCAAAAAAUGCUUAGGGAAAUGCGGGGGAGUAUUACCUUCAAGAUUGUGCCAAGUUACCGCACUCAAUCUUCAUCCUGUGAGAGAGAUUCCCCCUCUACCUCCAGACAGUCCCCAGCUAAUGGUCAUAGCAGCACCAACAAUUCUGUUUCGGACUUGCCAUCAACUACCCAACCAAAAGGACGACAGAUCUACGUAAGAGCACAAUUUGAAUACGACCCAGCAAAGGAUGACCUCAUCCCCUGCAAGGAAGCUGGUAUCCGAUUUAGAGUCGGUGACAUUAUCCAGAUUAUUAGUAAGGAUGACCACAAUUGGUGGCAAGGUAAACUGGAGAACUCCAAAAAUGGUACUGCAGGUCUCAUUCCUUCUCCUGAACUUCAAGAAUGGAGAGUUGCUUGUAUUGCCAUGGAGAAGACCAAACAGGAGCAGCAAGCUAGCUGUACUUGGUUUGGAAAGAAGAAAAAGCAAUACAAAGAUAAAUAUUUGGCAAAGCACAAUGCAGUGUUUGAUCAAUUAGAUCUUGUUACAUAUGAAGAAGUAGUAAAACUGCCAGCAUUUAAAAGGAAAACACUAGUCUUACUAGGUGCACAUGGUGUUGGAAGAAGACACAUAAAAAACACACUCAUUACAAAACACCCAGACAGAUUUGCAUACCCUAUUCCACACACAACUAGACCUCCAAAGAAAGAUGAAGAAAAUGGCAAGAAUUAUUACUUUGUAUCUCACGACCAAAUGAUGCAAGACAUAUCUAACAAUGAGUACUUAGAGUAUGGCAGCCAUGAGGAUGCCAUGUAUGGGACAAAACUGGAGACAAUACGGAAGAUCCAUGAACAGGGACUGAUUGCAAUACUGGAUGUAGAACCUCAGGCACUGAAGGUCCUGAGAACUGCAGAGUUUGCUCCUUUUGUAGUUUUUAUUGCUGCACCCACGAUUACUCCAGGCAUCAAUGAGGAUGAAUCUCUUCAGCGCCUGCAGAAGGAAUCUGAUAUCUUACAGAGAACAUAUGCACACUACUUUGAUCUAACAAUUAUCAACAAUGAAAUUGAUGAAACAAUCAGACAUCUGGAGGAAGCCAUUGAGCUCGUUUGUACGGCACCACAGUGGGUUCCGGUCUCCUGGGUCUAUUAAGCCUCCCACCAGAUAACUGAGGAAUUCUAUCACAUAACUGGGAACCACCUCAUACAUGAAAAAAACCUCUUCAUUAUUGGCCUUGCGUCAACAGGUCUUGGCCCCUAGAGACUACCUAGAUGUAGUGUGACCUAAAAUUAACAAUAUUGUCAUGUCCAAAUAGAUAGGAGGAGGAAAAAAGAAUUAAACACUAACUUAAAGAGACAGUAUCUUUUUUAAUCAGUUCUCCUAAACUUUAAUAAAAAUGUAUCUUUAAAUGUAUGUAUUAUUCAAUCCUUUGGAAUGUUAUAUUUUUGGAAAUCAUAGCUUUUUAUUUCAAAGGCCCCUUAAAACUGCACAAAAUAGAUGCUGCUUUCUAUAAUCUAUUUUAAUAAUAAUAAAAAAAUACUUCUGUUACCUUGACAUGGGGGUGGAACACUACAUUCUUUUUAGAGUCUGAUUUUAUGGAUUGGAAUAUCUUGCUUUCCUUUAUUUAUUUGAAAUAAUCUAGUGAUUACAAAACAUUUUUAAAGGCCUUUUUUUCUCUUUUUUUUAGAAUAGUAUUUUUGUUAGGUACUUUUAUGUAACAUCCAGAUAAUGUGAUACUGUCUCUUUGAAGAAUUCUGUCAACCUUUUAGAGAUUUGAAAUUGGGUCUUGACUCUUAAUGCAUGUGGACAGUCGCAAGCUUUCAUGCUGUCGGUGUAUCUGUGUUGAAAAAAACUGUAAUCUACAGCAAAAGUACAUUCCGUUCAUGGGAAAAUUACCCAAGGGAAUAAAAAUAAAAUGUUAUGACUAAGUUGUAAACCUAUGCACAUCCCUUGCAUUUUGGGCAACUUUAUAAAAAAACUGAUUUUUAUUAAUAAUAAUCAUGUAGUGAAAUGUGUUUGUAAUUUUGUCUCAAUUUAAUUUGUUGUAAGGUGGGAGGGGGAAUUGCUGGUUUCAUCAUUUCGGAUCUGUGUUGUCUGAGAGUAUUAACGUUUUAAUUCAGCAAAGAAUUGCAGAUUUUUAAUAUGUAUGUAAUUGUUUUAAAUUUACCCAUUUUAAAAGAAAAUAAUGUGCAAUGAAGAAACCAGUUUAGGCAUUUGCUAUAAACUGAAUAUUCCAAAAAAGAUUCAUCUUUGACAGCCCUGUAAAUUCCUUAAGAAUGGUAACUGACACUACAGUUUGACCAAUUUUUUUUUUAAAUACACUUCCUUUUAUGUGUUCAACAAUUAAAUGCCUUUGGGUCCUUCAUUUCAUUACAGAUUGGUUCAGUUUUGAAAAUCAACACUUUUAGAUUUUAUGAUGCAUUGGAUGACAAUUGAACCAUUAGAAGGCCCUAGAGUGAAUACAAAUCUGCAGUGCACUCCAGGGGUCCACCAACAACAACCACAAGAGCACAACUUGAAUAGUUUCUGACCCCUGGAGAGCAGUCAGCCAUAUAUUUACUUGAGGACCAUCUGUGAAGGCUCCUUCCUCUUGCUUUAUCCCUUGGCACAGGUGAAUUUUUUAUUUCGUGUUAGUUGAGAGGCAUCAACCAUCUCAUUACUCUUCCAUGAUAUCAUAUUCUGCCGGUGCAAGUGGUCAGGGGCUUGGUGUUCUUCAUGCCCAUUACCCCAUAUAUCAGUUGAGUUUUGUUUUAUUUUUUUGAUUAGUGUUUGUGAAUAUCAAGUUUUCAUAGUAUUAUGUGGUUUGUGAAAAAAAAAUACAUCAUUGUUGUCCUUUUAUAAUUAAGUACAAUAAAUUUUGUAGGUUAGAAUGGCCUGUGCUCGAUUGUAUUGAGAAAAGCCUAGGUUACUCCGUGCCUUGGCAGGACCAACAAGAUGUGUUCCUGUCAAAAACCUUUCAUUUAAAGGACCAAAUGUAUUAAUUGUGCACAAUUUAGAAAUUGGCAGCUCCUUCUCGUGGCUCCUGUUGUUAACAGUGCCAAUGGCCAUGACAAAAUAAAUUUAAAGACUUACUAAAGCAAAUUGUUAAGUAAGACUGACCUUAACAGCAGGCUCUUUAAAAAGUCAGACAUACUGGAAGUUGUUUCUCAUCUACUCUAAACAUAAAUACAUGCAAAUUUUAUUCCUGACUUUAUAUGUGAAUCAAAAAAAAAGAUGUAUUUUGGUACAUUCUAGUAUCAUUUUAAGCUUGAGAAAAUUUAACCCUAGUGAGUUAUACACUUGAUGGUACUGACCACAUUUAGGGCUCAUUUCAGUUUUCAUGAGCCUACUCUACCUCAUUUCCCAUCAAAGCACAAAGAACAAACAACUCAUGAAAUGGGAAACUAAACAAGAACAAAAAAAAGAAAACUUCCCUGCUUUUUCAGUAGAGAAAUUGAUCCCCUUUGCUGGUCAGAUUUCCAGAUGUCAUCGUAAAUUGUUGUAUGCAUAAAGACUUAUUAAGUGAAGCAACUGUUUUAGAAGUAGAACUGCUAUUUUUAACUAUCAGAAAGAUUUGAUUCUUGUUCUGAUAAACAGGAAUAGUCAUUGCUUGAAUUCAUAUAGCCCCUUUCUUCUGAAGAAUUCAAAUGCUUCACCUCUCAUCUCAUCAAGCUCACCCUGAGUGUUGUACAUGGGUGAGCAUGUGCUUCUCUACUUAGCAAGUUGGAAAACUGAGGUACUGAGUAAUAUUGAAAAAGGGAGCUAGGACUAGAACUUAGAUCUACUGAUUCUUUAUUGACCACUCCUUCCACAAGACCGCACUGAUACGAUCUGAUGAAUAACAACUGUAUGUUUCCAUUACUAUGCUUUUCUUUCUCAAAAACCAUCUCUUCACUAUUUAGUAAAUUAAAAUUCUUGGAUUCCAGAA